CAGCUGUUUGUUAUGACUCAAAACUACAACUUCAGAGAACAGUAUUUUUCGUAUCUCAGGUGAUAAAUUUCUGUUUUCCACUCGAAACAACGCACUCCUCGAUUAUUAAUUUUGUUACUUUUCUACGGUAUAAAAACUUCGAUAACGUUUAAAAAAAAAUAGAAUUUGAAGCAAUGUUUAGUAAAAAGAAAGAGGUGAAAAAACGACCGAGAGAUCCGGCGAGUCUUGAACAGUUCGGAAUUUUCAAUGUUCCUGAUGCAAAUCUUGAGAAUAUGAGUUAUUCGAUGGAAGAUGAUAACGAUGAUGAUUUGGAGGCUGAAUUAGCACUGUUGACCAGCGGAGAUGAUUUGCCUCGACAGCCUCGACGCAAAGCACCACCACUCCCAGCUGCCAAAUUGGAUGCAAUGAUCAACGAGAGUAUGAAGGACAUUGAUGCUGAUGAAGAUCUUUCAGGAGACGACGACGAUCCAGAUCUUUUAGACGAGCUGCGAGAAAUAACUGGGGAAGAUGCUUCUCCUUUGGAGGAAGAAGCAGAGAAAGAAGUGGAGGAGCCACAGCCGAAAGAAGAAACAAAUAAUGAGGAAACCAUUAAGUUGUUGGAAGAGAGAUUAAGCAAGUACAAGAUAGCUGAGACAAAAGCAAAGAACGAAAAUGAAUCGGGACGUGCACGUCGUUACGGGCGUGGUGUAAAAACUAUCGAAGGAUUAUUGGCAAGUGCACAAUCGGGUAGAGCUGUCACAAAGGCGGAUAUACCGCCAGAAUUACCACCGUCAGCUACUGGCGAAGUGUCAGCACCGAAAGCAGAUUCUCCUGGUGACGAGAACACAGAAACGCAACCACCAAUUGAAAAUCCAUCGCCACCGGAAGAACCUCCUGCAGAGGCUCCUGCAAGCGAAGAAACUCCAAAAGCCCCGGAGAUUAACCAAGAAGCUUUGGAAUUGUUGAAAAAACGACAACACGAGUACAAAGUUGCGGCUCUUGCGUGGAAAAAAUCUGGAAACAUAACCGAAGCCAUGAAUCACGUUAAAAUAGCGAAACAAUUUGACAUCGUGAUACAAGGUGUGGAGGCGGGCGAGGCGAUCGAUGUUUCUGACAUGCCACCGAGUCCUCAACUCCCCAGCUCGACUCCGCCGACCGAGGGAAAGGAAGAAAGUGAAUCACAGCAGCAAGCACCAUCUGACGAACCGGCUCCGACCGCUGAGGCGCCUCGACCCGCUGUUGUCACCGGUGACGCGAUCGCCGACGCCCUUAAAGAACGCCUUGAAAUUUACCGCCGCACCAAAACAGCCGCAGAGGAAGAGGGCAAUUCAUCAAAAUCGAGACGAUACGGACGCAUCUGCAAACAAUUCGAAGAUGCUAUAAAAUUAUACGCCCGUGGCAAACCCGUCGCCUUUGAAGAAUUACCCAUUCCACCUGGACUGCCACCUAUUAUGCUUAAUCCUAGUGCUCCACCCGCUCCAACUCCUACCGCCCAACCCCCCCGAGAACCUAUACCUCAACCUGAACCCCAAGAAGGAGAGACGCCGACCGCCACCCGCAGAGCACCGCCGGUUCCAUCCCCGAAACCCACUCACGGUAACCGAGCCGGGGGAAGCGCGAUCUCACGAGCCGAAAAACAAGCAUUGAUGUUACAGCGUCGUCAAGCAGAAUUGAAGCAAGCUGCAUUGGCAGCUAAGAAAGACGGAGAUUUGGAACUGGCCAAGGAUUACUUGCGUCAAGCAAAACAAAUAACACCUUUGAUAGAAACGAGUAGAUGCGGACUCCCAGUCGAUAUGAGUUCUAUACCGAUAUCACCGAAUGCCAAAAAUCAACUUAACGCCAGUGGCCUCGUCGAUCCUAAAUCCGAAGAUGGUUUUACUGUCGUAUCCUCCCUAAAUUGCCUUGAGGAGGCCAGUGGGACCGAUCAACAAAUCUAUGAAAACAUGGAACAACAAUUGAUCAAACAGGCCAAAUGGUGUUUAUCAACAAGGGAUCAUUCGAAAGCUAUCGGUGAUGUUCCCGGUUACAACAAAUGGGAGCGUCUUGCUUUGGGGUACAGACACGACCUCGAUAUGCUCAGGGUACGAAAAAGGGACGGUUUGCCACCCCCGCAGCAUCACUAUGAAGAAAAAACGUAUGCGAUUGUUCAGAGUUUUCCAGAUUUGGGUGACGGAGACAUCGAAAUAUCGAUUAUUCGUGGCAUAAAUUAUCCCAAAGAAGCAGAUACGUACGUAAUAUUCGAAUAUCCAUUUCCAACGGACAAUCAUCAAACGGAUCGUACAGCGACGAUACGAGACACGAGCAAUCCCGAAUACGAGGCUGUGUAUACUCUCAACAACGCUGUCGAUCGAUCGUCUCGACAGUGUCAACGUGUUUUCAAGAGACAUUCCCUGAAAUGUCAAGUAUGGUCGAAAGGAUGCUCGCUGAACCCCAUCCUGUGUUGCACUCACCCAAGAUUAACCGAUCGGAGGUAUCUCGAGCGUUUUCGAAAAAGGUUGCCUCGGUUAGAACAUUCGGAACUCAUUGCCUCUCAAAAAGGAUUCUUUAGGAGUGACAGUCUCGUUGGGACAGUGUCAAUAAAGUUGGCACCGCUCGAGACCCAAUGCAUCUUGCACGAUUCGUUUCCCUUGAUGGACGGAAGAAGAGCUGUCGGAGGAAAGCUCGAAGUUAAAAUACGUUUGAGAAAUCCAAUCCUCAGGAAGCAAAUAGAAAAAAUAACGGACAAGUGGCUCACGAUUGACGGUUGAAGGGAAAUCACGUUGGGUCGAAACCUUCGAAAAUUCUGCUGCUUGCGAUAGAACUUGAUCCUGUCCGUGUCAAAUUGUCCGAUGACUCAUCUACAGAAAUGUCUUCGCGGUGAAGACAUUUCGAUAUAAGUUAAGCUUGCUACGACUCACGAGAGACCGACGACAGUGAAAUCAAGUGAAAACACACAUUUUUAUUUAUGCUUUCGUGUUAAUAAUGCGCAAUGCUAUGUAUAUAAAUAAUAUUCGUUGGGUGAAUGAUAGACACGCCAAGAACGACAUUGAUACAAGCUUUAAAGAACCUCGGUGACUGGUGAUAAAUGUGCCUAAUAAAGGAGCCUUUAAUUUCAAAA